AUGUGGGGUAAAAGCUACCACAAUCAUUGGCGUGGGGGCUCCAUGACGAAAAAGACGUCAAUUUGGAGGAUCUGUGGGGGCGCUAGGAAGGAUGUGGUUGCUAUGAGUGGGCCAUUGGCGUCGGUUAGUGGGCGGCCCCCCACCGUGCGUGGAGGCGCGUGGGGGCAUGGGCACCCCAGAUCCAGCAUCCGUCUGCAGUCCCCCCAUCUACUAUCGACCGUUUCGUUAUCGAAGCAGUCAUGCUAUUUAAACGUUGCAAAGCGCUUUGUUUUUUUUUCCAUCACAAAACAUCAACUGCUCAUGUCUGCUGCCAAACUUGAGUACGGAGUCAGCAACGACAGUGUCUCCUCGAACGAUAUGGACAGAUCGGGAUCAGAAGUGAGUCUGGACGGAAAAAUCGAACAAGUAAAAUCGGAAAAACUGUUUUUGCGCCAGGUUAAAGAUGCGGUACUUUUGAAAAAACUCUUGGAGAAGGUCGAGGAGAGACCCACGCCUCCACAGGUGUACAAUUGGAGAAUCUACUAUACCGCCUUAAUUGCGUCUGCGGCGGCUAUUAUUAUUGGAUACGACGGAGGAUUUAUUGGCGGAACGGUCGCUUUGCCCUCUUUCCGCGAGGAGUUUGGCCUCGACAAGAUGACCAAGGAACAUGCGGAUUCCAUCAUCUCCAAUGUGAUCUCGGUGUUCCACGCAGGCUGCUUUUUUGGCGCCUUGCUCUCGUAUCCGUUCUCGUACUAUCUCGGUAGAAGAAUCUCUCUCAUCAUUGCCGCUGUCACCAUCACCAUCGGCUCGGCCAUCAUGUUGGCGGCCAACUCCAAGGCGGGCCUUGGACCUAUCUAUGCGGGAAGAGUGCUUGCGGGCUUGGCGGUCGGGUUUUCGACCAACUUGACGCCCGUUUAUCUCAGUGAAAUCAGUCCGCCGGCCAUCAGAGGCCGCAUCAUUGCGUUGUACGAAAUUGGCUGGAGAGUCGGUGAUCUUGUCGGAUUCUGGAUCAAUUUCGGCAUUGCGGAGCACAUUCCCAAGCUGAAGACGCAGUGGCUCAUUCCCUUUGCCAUCCAGCUCAUUCCGAGCGGCAUGUUCUUGUUGGGCUCCGUUCUCAUGAGAGAGAGUCCUCGGUGGUUGUUCUCGGUCAACAAGGACGAAAAGGCGCUCGACAAUCUCUUGUGGUUCAGAAACUUGCCCGAAAGCGACGAGUACAUCAUCUACGAGGUCAACCAGGUCAAGGAGUCCAUCGAUAGCCAGCGCGCCAAGGUCGGGUUGGGUCUCCUCGAUCCGUUCAAGGAGGUGUUCGGCGGCGACGGCAAGAUCUUCUACAGAUUGUGUCUCACCUGUGGCUUGUUCCUUUUCCAGAACUUUUUGGGUAUCCAGUCCAUCAACUACUACUCUCCAAAGAUUUUCGCCGGUUUGGGUGUCAAAGGCACCAACGCUACUCUUUUCUCCACCGGUAUGUUCGGUGUGGUCAAGUUCAUCUGUACGUUCAUCUAUGUGUUGAUCAUCGUCGACUCUUUGGGAAGAAGAAAAGCCUUUAUGGUCUCUUCCACCGUGUGCUCGAUCUGCUUCUGGUACAUUGGCUCCUAUCUCAAGUUGAACGAUCCAACAAAGCCCGGCGCGACUGCUGGCCCUGGCGGCACGGCGGCCAUUGCCAUGAUGUACAUCUGGAUUGCGUCUUUCAUUUUGGCCUGGUCCGGUGGCCCAUUUGUGGUUGGAAGUGAGAUUUUCGACCAGAACAUCAGAUCCUUUGUUCAAGCCAUCAACGCCGCUGUGUCGUGGAUUCCUAUCUUCAUCAUGUCCAGAUUCACCACGAGCAUGAUUGCAAAGAUGCAAUAUGGUAUCUACUUCUUCUUUGCCUCGUUGGCUGUUCUUUCGGUGCCAUUUGUGUUCUUCUGCAUUCCUGAAACCAAGGGUAUUGCUUUGGAAGACAUGGACAAGCUUUUCGACAGAAGAAUCCCCGCCUGGAAGGCCCACCAGCAUGUUUUCAAGUCGGCCCAGCGGGAUGCCGAGGUUGUUUUGCGCGACCACAAGGAUUUGUUCAAAGUGGACUCCGUCAAGAACUACGGGGUGGAGCAGGUCGAAGACAAGGACUUGAUGGCUGCCAACAAGGUCUAA